ACGCGCUCCGCCCCGCGCCGCGCUGGGUUUGAUGCUCCUGUGCUCAGUGCGGCCUAUAUUUAGUACUGUGAUUAUUAGUGUUGUCCAGCAUGUCUUCUCUAACAGAAAAGGACAGGCCGAUUGUUCAGCUGUUACUGGGUGCUGGCACAUGCCCACGAUGUAUUUUCAGGUUCUGCCGUGUGGGAUCACAGACGCUUUAUAGGCAUCCAUACAAGGAUUUGAUGAAGGAUUUGAAACAAUUCCUGAACGGUAAUCAAGAAAAAGAAGAUACAACUUGCUUUGAUGUAGCUGAUCCACCUUGUAAGCGAUUCAGACUUGGACAUGCAGAAGGAGGGCCUGAAGAUCUGAACCAGAAUGGAGCGCUCAGUCAGAUUUCUUUGGUUAAUGAUGAUAAUGCUGCUGUGCAGAACUCAGCUGCGGAGAACUCAGCUGCAGAAGUUUGCAAUGUCUGUUUGGGAAUUCUUCAGGAGUUCUGCGAGGCUGACUUUGUUAAAAAGAUGUGUGAAAAGGUUAAUUCUUCUGACUACCAGUUCACCAGUUUUGUAUUUUCUCUGUCACUACCACCACAGCUGUCUGUUAGGGAGCAUGCUGCUUGGCUGCUGGUAAAACAGGAAAUGGGAAAACUGGACCUUUCCUUGGCAAAGGAUGACAUUGUUCAACUGAAAGAAGCUUAUAAAUGGAUUAUUCAUCCCCAGUUAUCAGAAGAGUUGGGUGUUCCCACUGAUGGAAAGAGUUUGUUUGAAGUUAGCGUGGUCUUUGCUCACCCAGAAACAGAUGAGGAGUGCCAUUUCCUAGCUACGGUCUGUCCAGACUGUUUCAAGCCAGCAAAGAACAAACAGUCUGUUUUCACUAGAAUGGCAGUUAUAAAAGCUCUAGAGAAGAUAAAAGAAGAGGAUUUUCUCAAGCAUUUUCCAUGUCCCCCGAGUUCACCGAAGAACCUCUGUGUUGCUCAGGAAAUUCAGUGCAAUAACGGCGCAGUUUUUGUGGCUGGAAGGUACAAUAAAUAUUCAAGGAAUUUACCUCAGACACCCUGGAUAAUCGAUGGAGAGCGGAAGCUGGAAUCUUCAGUGGAAGAACUGAUUUCAGAGCAUCUAAUGGCAGAAUUCAAAGCAGACAGCUUUAAUUUUUCUUCCUCUGGACGAGAAGAUGUGGAUGUAAGAACACUGGGCAAUGGAAGGCCUUUUGCAAUUGAGCUCGUGAAUCCUCAUAGAAUACAUUUUACUGCUGAGGAAAUGAAGGGACUUCAGCAGACGAUUAAUAACUCUUCAGACAAAAUACAAGUCCGAGAUUUACAGCUUGUCACCAGAGAGGCAAUUGGUCGUAUGAAGGAAGGUGAAGAAGAAAAAACAAAGACAUAUAGUGCCUUAAUAUGGACAGACAAAACAAUACAGAAGGAACAUAUUGCAUUUCUAGAUAAUAUCAAGGAGUUAAAACUUGACCAGAAGACACCUCUCCGGGUUCUUCACAGAAGGCCUCUGGCGUUAAGAUGUCGAAUCAUUCACACCAUGAAGUCUGAGUACAUAGACGAGCAUCACUUUCGCCUGCGUCUGAAAACACAAGCAGGAACCUAUAUUAAAGAAUUUGUGCAUGGAGACUUUGGAAGAACAAAGCCAAAUAUUGGCUCCCUGCUGAACAGAACCACUGACAUUCUGGAGUUGGAUGUAGAAUCUGUUGACAUUGACUGGCCUCCAGCCCUGGAGAAUUAGCUUCACAAGUUGGGACGUCAGACAACAGCUUCUCGCUUUCUUGCCGGGAUGUGGAUAGCACUGAAUCACCUGAUUGCAGCUCUCACACUUUCUGAGCACUGUUAACUGAGCCCAUAGAUAGUGCCUGGAAGGAGGUGGUGUCCUGCUCUGUGACAGCUGCUUUUUGAUCAGCGUUGGUUUCAGAGAUAGGCAAAUUUGCUUCACAAAGUACUUUUCAAAGGGAAGAAGAGUUUCCAGAUGAAAACUUCACACUUAAACCAAGUUUCUUGCAUUUAAAAACACCAGUGAUGUUCUGUAGAAACUCCACUUGAGGUGCUUGCCUCCUCAGCAGCUCUUCGGCUGAAUUACAGGCCUCUUCGUGCAUAAGAUUUCCCUGAGUCACCACAAGGCUGCAGAUUCCUGGCAGUGCUGCAUGUUGGAAAUCUAGAGAAAAAUAGGGAUACCAAGAACCCCAGAGUGCAAACAAAUACAGAAUGUUCUGAAGGAUGUUGGUAGUAUGAGACCAAUGGAGGUGAAAAGCUUUGGUUUGUGGAAUAGUUGCAGCAUCAUGAAUUUUCUGUGGAAUCUAGCUUUAGAUGGAUGCCUGUAGGGUUGAUCACAGCCUGAACCUCUGAUUAACCAUCUGAGGCAAGCGAUAAGCCAGCUGUGGGAGCACAGGUGAAGGUAAUUCAGCUGUGCUACCAGAAGGGGUGGAGCUGGACUCCGCCUCUCCCAGUUCCCAUUUAAGAGCUGACCACCACUAAGGCAGCAUCUCUUUCUGGAGAUUGUUCCUUUUGAAGUUCUUGUGGUGAGUCUUGACAUUGAUAAGCAUCAAUCUUGAAGGACUCAGAGUUGGUGAGUCCUUUUCCUUAGUUACCCUCUGGCUAUUUAUUUCCAACUAUAUUUGUACUAUUCCAACUGUACGUUAUACUUGUAUUAUUUCAACUGUACAAUACUAUACUUGUAUUAUUUUCACCAUACAAUGCCUGAAUUAGUUGAACGCUGCUGGGAACAUGCCUGGACUAGGGAAGACCCUCCCUUGGCUUUGCUAAGGGUUUUAUGUGUGUCACAGUGAGCAGAGCUGGCUCCACAAGACAUCCAACAAGGCAUCCAAGCGUUCCAUCCCUGGAGCCUCUGGAAUGUGCCUGGUUACAGGUUGGUUCUGAGUAGCAGUGGAGCCCCUGGCCUGCUCAUCAUCAGAACUGAUGUUAGGAACAGUUGUCUCAUAUAAACCUCUGCCCAGAAAGGAACUGUUGUGAAUGAUGGAGAACUUCAAAAACUAUUCAGAAAUGAAGAGAACUUCAUGCUACUGUGUGAUUUCUUGACAUAAAUGAUGUACAAGUUCCAUAAACAGGAAACAAACGUAGGCUGGACACAACAGACAUUAGAAGAGGCAUCCCCAAGGGGAAAUGGUGCGAACUGAGACUUAGUUCAGAGACACUUAACUUGUUUUCAAAUGUAAAAUACCUACUUGUGAGUACUCCAAUGGGACCUUUCUUGAGAGCAGCAAGAACAAGAUUUAAUGUUGUUCUUGUGGUAAAUGUGAAACAGGAAGCUGUUUUCUAGCAGGUUAUGUGUUAAAUGCUGAAAUCUAAGAGCCAGCCAGCAUUCCUUACCACCCUUCUUCAUACCAGAAGGACUUGGAUGAAGCUGUUGUAUUCUUUCACCAAGUACCUGGUCACGCAAAGCAACCGCCCCACUGCAUGGAGUGCCUGUAACACACCCUUUGCUGAGCACGAGUGUCUCUGUCCUUGCUGUCCAUCACAGUCGUGCUGCUGUGCCACAGAGAACUGCCCAGUGCCGAGGACUCCUCACUACACUGUGGCCAGCAGCAGUUGUGAACAGAAGAAACUGUUCUAGGAAGACCCAGGUAAGUGACCCAAAGCCCAGCACCUCUGUGUGCUCUGGCUUCUCCAGCACAUCUUACAGCGUUGUGGGGCUGAGAAGGCAGAAGCAGCUCAGGACUCAGUAUAACCAGUUCUUUUAAUUACCAAACCAACUUGUUUACAAAGGAAAAAAGAAAAAUUUGAAAAUAUUUAAUUAUACUGUAAAAACAAAUUGUGCUAUAAAGAGCUUUCUAUAAAGAAAAUGUUUACAUUCAAUAAACUUAAACAUUGAGAACUUAAACAGGAAGAACUGAAUAAACAAAACAUGGCAAGCGUU